UAAGUCAGUAAGUUGACCCCAAAUAAAUAUUCCAAUCUGUCAGUAUGUUUCUUUGUAGAAUAUACGCCACUGAAUAUUCCAUUGGAUGGAAGCCCGACCACACGUGAUGAGAGAUAAUCACGUGACUUGUUAAAUCACAUGACUCUGGGCCGAGCAAAUCUUCGAUCUUUAGAGAAGCGCAUGAGAGCUCCAUCAUCAGGCAAGAUAGAGUAUCCAGAUACGAUUUUACCGCCCCAAUGCCUCCUCGAUUAAGCUGGCGGCUGCCAAUGCAGCUGCCAUCACUAUUCCAAACCACGUCUCCGCCGUCAUUUCUCCUCCCAGUCCUACAACACCAGACCAGACAAGCCUCUAUCCUUGCCCAGCUGUCCGAUAAUGCGACAGCGUACAACAAACGGAUAAGACGUGGUCGGGGUCCUGCGUCAGGAAAGGGUAAGACGUCUGGACGUGGCCACAAGGGUCAGAAGCAGCAUGGAAGCGUCCCCGCGGGCUUCAACGGUGGGCAGACGAAGGAUGAGAUUGUGCAUGGUGAACAUGGAUUUAAAAACAUCUUCUCCCUCGACAUUGCCAAAGUCAACCUCGACCGUAUCCAAGAAUGGAUCGACCAAGGCCGCCUCGAUCCCUCCCGCCCCAUCACAGUCCGCGAACUGGCAAAGUCCCGCUGCAUCCACGGCGUCAAGGACGGCGUCAAACUGCUCGCCCGCGGCGGCAAAGAAGCCCUCAAACAACCCGUCCAGAUCGUCGUCUCCCGGGCCUCCGCCACGGCUAUCGAAGCCGUCGAAGCCGCCGGCGGCUCCAUCACCACCCGCUACUACACGCGCCACGCAAUCAAGCGGAUCCUAUCCGGCAAGACGGACCCGUUCGUCUCGCUUGCGUGGCUCAACGCGGGCGAGAAUCUGACCAUCGGAAUGGGCAUUGAUAAGCCCCGUGUCAAGGGUGAUGGGUUCUCGUAUCGGUUGCCGGACCCGACGAGCCGGAAGGAUAUCGAGUAUUAUCGUGAUUCGGCCCAUCGGGGGUAUUUGAGUUAUCUUGUGGAGAAAGGGGAGACACCUAGCUUGUUCUUCACUGCACCCGGUAAGGCGCAUAAGAAGAGUAAGGAGGGUAUGCCUUCUAGCGACAAUAGGUUGUGGUAGAGGGGGAAGGUGGCAUGGUGCUUAAAACGUUUUCCUCCUUUUCCUUUUGCAUUUUUGUGUUAGGAAUCCAGCAGGAGAAGGGGCUUGUUUCUUCCUUUCCGACUUUUUAUGUAGGUAUUUGAUUCUGCAUUGCCUUGUUUGGUUUUUACUGUAUACUAGAGAAACAAAUUCCUCAAAUGGGUUUAUUUAGGUUAUAUUUUGGCAAAGGCUUAUUCAUGUGCUGUAAGGGCAAAUAGCUCCUUUUCCGACCCUCUUAUUCCUACUCAAACAACUUUCGCUAGUUGCGGAUAUUACCCUUCCCUUUCCGGGCGUGUUGAAAAAGGGUCUUGAUACUGGCAAAACUUCUCAUAAAAUUUGGCUUCCAUAAGCAGACUUUUUCAGAAGCAAUUCAUCGCAAUUAUUCGAACUCAUUAACAGCCUAAUUAUGUUAACAUACAUUGUAACCCUUUUUCCACCCCCCUAAAUCCUUUUUUUUUAACAACACCCCCGCUUACAUCAUAUUAUCAACAUUAUCACGCCCAUCAAGUAAGGGAGAUCGCCCAUAUGAACGAGUACCACGUGCAAAAAACGCCAGUGCUGGGAUAAAAAGCAAAGGGGAGAAGAAAGGGGCAAAGAGAAGCCCUUUCUCAAAAGGAGGGGAAGAAAGGUAUCGUGGAAGCGAAAUCUAGCAAUCUGUGUGGCAAAGUGGAGGGUCAAAUAGAAGUGGACUAUUUGUAGAAUGAGACGAGAGCGGUGCAGAGAAGAAAGAGAAGAAGGAGAAGAAAAUAUAAUCCCCAUUUCAAACCAUGACAACAAGAAGUCACCACUGGAGCGGAGAAACGGAAAAAAACACUGGAGCGAAUAAAAGCUGGGGGCGGAAGUCAAAGGAGGACAGUGAAAGAUCGAGUGGGGCCCCGUGAAAAUGAAUUCUGCAUGGUAAUACAUAAGCUGUUCGCCCCGCUCGGCCAAAAUCAAGAAUGGCUUCUGGUUUUCACUAGUAGUGUGAUGAGAAUGUUCCUGCAUUGGAGUUUAUCGAUUUCCGAAAGAAAUAGCGGUGCAAACAUGAUUGUGGGAAAAUGGGGAAACGGGAAAAGGGAAAGGGAAAAGUGGUGAAGGAAGAAUAGAGGGGAACUGAAGGUUUGAUUCGAUAGUAAUACACAACUCAGCACAAGGACUGAGAUGUAUGAGAGGUGGUGAGAGUCCCGAUCACAAAUGAAAUGGGAUAGGAUAAUGAGAUAAAUAUGCAAAGAAAACCGGAUGCUAAAUCAAAUACCGAAAGAAAAAAAAUUCUUAA